UUUACUUAGUGCAGCGUAUUUCUUUUGUCGGUGCUGGAAAUGAGGCGACAGACAGUCAGAGACACUACGACAGCAGCAGUAGUCAUGCUGAGCUCCUCGCCGCUCUGACUGGUUUCAUUUGGGGGAUGAAAGAGUCCAAAGUUGCUCAGAGAGCAGGCGGUGGGAGUUUAUCUGAGGCAGCUGCUGACACCGGCCGGUGUGCGGACGCUGCUGCUCACACACGACUAGAGACAGAGAGACGGAUAGACACGGAGCUGCUAACGGGAGGAGGAACCGGUGUUUUCCUCUUCGCCACACCGAGGUUGUGGUGAGGAGUUUGGGGGCGCUGACCAACCCGAGACGGCACCAUCACCAUCGUCAUGGUCGUGUCGUUGCGGAGCUGGGUUGCCAACGAGGGAGGGAAACAUUUAAUCCUGGUGCUGUGGAUGGGAGCAAACACCUGGCUGUUUCUGAAGACCUUUAUGCUGUAUUACUCUGGACAACAGUAUCACUACCUCUUCGAAAUGCUUGGGCUCGGCUUGUGCAUCAGCAGGGCGUCUGCGUCUGUACUGAACCUGAACUGCAGCCUGGUGCUGCUGCCCAUGUGUCGCUCCCUGCUCACCUUUGUCCGAGGAAGACACACGGUAUCGAGCAGAAAGACACGCAGACUACUGGACAAGAGCAAGACCUUUCAUGUGGCCUGUGGAGUCACCAUCUGCAUCUUUUCAGUCGUGCACGUGUCUGCCCACUUGGUGAACGUCAUGAACUUCAGCGUGAGCUACUCGGACGACUUUCCUGCUCUCAAUUUGGCUCGCUACAGAGGAGAGGAUCCUAAGCUGAUCAUUUUGACCACAAUCCCAGGGGUCACUGGCGUCCUGUUGGUUCUCAUCCUUUUCCUGAUGUUCAUGUCCUCCUCCUACUGUGUACGCGUGUCCAACUAUGAGAUCUUCUGGUACACACACAACCUCUUCAUUGUUUUCUACAUCAUCCUAAUGGUUCACAUAGUCGGUGGUGCUUUAAAGUAUCAGACCAACAUAGAGGCCCACCCCCCCGGCUGCCUCAGAGCCAAUCAGAGCAACACAGAGCAGCAGGACGAGGAGCUGCAUCAGCGUGAAGCUGAAGAGAGGAGAUGCAGAGAGGAGGCUCACUUCCAUCCACACUACCCCCAGACAUGGCUGUGGGUGUCCGGUCCUCUCUGUCUCUACUGUGCGGAGCGGUUCUACCGCUACAUGAGGAGCAGUGACCCUGUUACCAUAGUGACAGUCAUCAGGCAUCCUUGUGAUGUCAUUGAGUUGCGCAUGCUGAAGAAGAACUUCAAAGCUCAUCCUGGACAGUAUAUCCUUCUUAACUGUCCAGGUGUCUCUUCAUUUGAGAACCAUCCCUUCACUCUAACAACGUGUCCCACAGAGAACAAGACAACUUUUGGCAUCCAUCUUCGAGUUGUUGGAGACUGGACUGAGCGUUUCACACAGCUGCUACUUCCUCAGCCCAGGAUAGACUUGGAGAUCCUUCCCAUGGUGCAACAGAGAAGAUACCCCAAGCUUUACGUGGACGGUCCAUUUGGAGGUCCAUCAGAGGAAGUGUUCAACUACGACGUCAGUCUCUGUGUUGCUGGUGGAAUUGGUGUCACACCAUUUGCCUGUGUGCUGCAUGCUCUGCUCGAUGGCUGGGAGGGUUUCCGGUUGCAGAGGUUGUACUUUGUCUGGGUCUGCAGAGAGCUACACUCCUUCUACUGGUUUGCUGAGCUGCUGUGUGCUCUUCAUCACAAGCUUUGGCAGGAAAACAGACCAGACUACUUCAAUCUCAAACUGUAUGUCAGUCAGGAAAAUAAGCUGCAGAGUAUGUCUGAGGAGAAGUACCAACCACUCGCCUCAAGGCUGCUGGUUGGACGGCCCAGGUGGAAGUUGCUGUUUAAGGAGAUUGGGAAAACCAAUAAGCAUAAACGCAUUGGGGUUUUCUGUUGUGGACCUAAGGGCAUUUCCAGGACUCUCCACAGACUGUGCAACUCCACAAGAAAUCCUGGAACCACCUUUGAAUUCAACAAGGAAACCUUCAGCUGACUGAACUCCACAACUGGUUCUACACUUCCUCGGUGAAAAAGAGAUAAGAAAUAAAACAAAUUGCAACUUUGGGAUGGACAGAUUUUUAUACUUUUGUGGGAAAUUAUUUUUUAAAGUUAAUAUCUGAAGAAGCAAUUUAGGUUAAUUCAAGUAUUCACAGAUUAUAUCUCUAUUUCUUAUCUUCGCUGAUGGCAAAAACAAAAGGCCAUGGGAUUCUUCUCUGCAAGUGAACUUGUUUUCUGACUCCACAAGCUUCUACUUCAUCAUGCAUAGAAUUGAAGAGGCCAGCUCCUGAUGUUCUGUUGGAUUUCAUCUUUUUUUUCGCUUGAUGAACCCCACUGAGGAGUAGAUUGAUUUCACAUGAUGGGAGUCUCAUCAAAAGAAAAAAGAAAAAAGCCAUCCCACAACUACCUGUAGAAUGAGAUAAAAGUAUUACACGAGAGGGAGUUGAUCUUGCAGGCAGCGUACCAGAGCUGAAGGUGACAGGCUCUCAUCCAAAUGUUUACAAAACUCUUGCUCUAAAAAAACUGUACCGAGGGCCAGUUUUGGUGUUUGCCAGUUGGCUGGUUCGUAACCAUCCUCCCCCGGUGCCAAAGCAGCUCUUAUGACCAAAGAGUUCAUGUUAUUAACGUUACCUUUUCUUCCACAAGCUGUUUUGUCCAAAUCCAAAAAAAAACCCAGUACCGACAUGAGAGAAACCUGUGUGCCUUGUCAUUUUUUAAUUGGGAUAAAGAGAAUUUUGUUUUUGUUAUUAUGCAAAAUAA